GCGACACUAAAACGCCAUCAAAUCGCAACAAAACAAUUUUUGAAUCUUAUUAACUGUUCUUCGUGAAUACGUUUUCUUUUACUUUGAAUUAAACUCUUUUGACGAAAAUGCCUCUUUUCGGAUCUAAGAAGGAUAAGAAGCAUAAGGACGACAUCGUUGUCGACGAGCGGGACAUUGCCGUGGAACGCGACCGGGAUAGCUUAGGCAGCCGCGACGUCUCACGUGACCAUGUCAGCUACGGCAGCCAUGACCUUCCCACCACCGACAAGCACGCCCAGGAAUUCAAGUACGAACGCGUGGAGGAGAUCCAUGUGGAUGGUAACGGCAACGCGGAACUGCGCGAUGUCCGUGUCGACCGCGGUGGUGAGGAUCCCGGAAUGAACUUCAAGGACAAGCGCCCGCCGGCACUGGUCCCGGGUGCUCCGGUGGGAUACGUCCCGGAAAUCCACGAACUGGACUCCGUGGCCAAUCAACGUGAAGGUAUCCAGAACUACUUUGCCGACAACACCACGGUGAGCCAGACACAGCGUGCCUCCCGUGAGCCAUCGCUGAUCCAGGAGAAGACCGUGGUACGGGAGGACACUUUGCGCGAUCGCGAUGGAAUCCCACCGAUCAACUCUACGCCGGCCAGUGAGCGCUACUCGCAGCGCUCCGUCUCACAAACAUCGGAUGACACCGCGUCGGUGGCUUCCUCCGUGUCAUCCAUGUCCUCCAUCUCCCGUGCUUCCGAACGCACGACCGGCACCGCUGAUCGCAUCAAUAUUGCCCGCCAGGAAGCACCGGCCUUGGGACGGGAAGUGAAUUUCGUCCAGCAAGGCAUCGAGAACCUCCAGAACUUACCGCAGCUGAACCGCGAGGAGCGCUACAUUUCGGAGCGCCGCUCGGAAAUCCACUCCGUUCCGAACAUUCCACCGGCCGUGGAGAUGAACCGCGCGCCGAUGUACCGCCAGGAAGCCGACAUCAUCAUUCCUGGUGAACGUCGUGAGGUCAUCGAGAAGACGGAAAUUCUUCGCUCGGCGGCGCCGGCGCGUUUCCAGGAGCGCAUCGACGUGAUCACCGUGCCGGUGCAGCGUAUGGAGACCGCCCAGAUGGAGCAUGUCCGCUCGGGCGUGACCUAUACCAACGACAAAGAGAUCAUCAUUCCCGGACCCAUGGUAGCCCCGCCCAUUCCCAGUGUGACCCACGAUCUGCUGGCCCAGGGCAGCGGCGGCACCAGUGCCGAAAUCCAUGCCUCCACCAACAUUGACCUUUUGGCCAACACUCAACUGCAGGGUCAGUCGCCGGAAGAGUAUGAGCGCUAUCGUGCCCGCAUUGAAGAUCUGGCCCGGGAGCACGAGAUGGACACGGCCCAGAAAGCGGCCAUGUACCGCAGUCAGGUGGAAGCCGAUGCGGAGCUGAUCCGCCGGACGCUGGAACGCCAACAUAUCCGGGAUAUCGAAUUCCGUAAGGAUAUGGUGGAGUCCGCGGUGGAUCGUCAGCAGCACGAAAUUCAGCUGGAAGCCGAAUACGCUAUGCGUGCGCUGGAGAAGGAGCGGGAAGCGGCACGACAGGCGCUGGAACAGGCCAAGAUGGAGACACACAUCGAUGUCAAGGUGGACUCGGCCAUCGGCACCACCAUCAGCAAGGGCGAAGUGCAGACGGCAGCGGGACGGGAAAUACGCGAGGCUGGUCUUACUCCGCAGUCCGUGUAUCCGGCGACACGUAUCUAAAUUUGUACAGCUUGUUUGCAUAGUCCGAUGUACCAGAUGCUCUAAUUUCAUAUAUCUCACAUUUAUACUUUUGCAGAACUGCUGUUUGCUUUAUAUAGUCUCCUGGUGUGGUCAUGCUGAUGUUCAUUAUAUGAACGCCACAAAGCAAUUUAUAAUGCUACAUUAAAUAGUACAUUAUUUUUAUAAUUCUUGGCCAAAUUCUUGUACUGCGUUUUGCGCGCAGCAAAUAGCAUUGAACGGCGAAAUAAAAUACUUCAAUUAAA